AUGAGUGCACCGUUCGACAAGACUUUGAAAAUAUCAGCUGAGUACAAAAAGACGAGAAAUGAUUUGCGAAAACUCGCCCAAGAGCUCAAGGAAGUUCGAAUAGCAAACGAUCCGACAGAGCAAAAGAUCGUCUAUCUAGGAGGAACCGUUCUACAAACAUUCGAAUAUGCCAAAGUAAAACAUCUUACUCCAAAAGCACUCGACGAAUACAAUUCCUUCGCGAAUAGACUGCGAAAAUUACGCGCAAUGCGAGACGAGUUGAAAAUGUCAGGCGAUCCUGAGAAAUCGGAAUUAGAAAAAGAAGAACUGACUUUGGCGAACAAAGCUGUGGAGCUAGAAUUGACGGAAAUUUACGAAGCAAAUCGAAGAAUCGCUAUUGACUUUGACUACAACAAGGAAGUACUCGCGCAAAAAGUAGACUGGGGAAGCUGCCCUGAGCUCGACAAAAAUGACGUGCUCAAUCAAUUCCUUGAUUUCGCUGAUGAGAUGGAGAAGCAAACGCGAAAAGUACAGUACGAGCUCGACGAAAGAGCCAUCGCACAACGAGUUGAAGACGUAAAGAAUUCUCCUGCUAUGCCAAAACUGGUCAUUGAAAACAAAAAGAAGGCUAGGUUCAAUCUGAUUACUGGAAUUAUUUAUUGA